UCCCUCCAGGCCGCCAGAUGGCGCUACCGCACAAAACUGAAGUGGGAGCUACAUCGAAAAAGUGUUUUCACUGUUUGGUACACUUUCGCCACUGCAGUCACCAUAACUACAGGCGUGUCUGGUGUAAAAUCUGUAAAAUAAUCUGAUCUAAUCGUAAUCUGAUUAAAAUGGAUACCAGCGAGGAUGAGAUGGAAGACGAUGAAACCGAGUGGAAGAACAGUUUCGUGGAUUUAGCCCCACUCAGCCCCGCUGCUGCUGCUUCCUCUGGUCCAAGCUUUAAUAAAACAUCAGGAUCAGCACCUGCAGACAGAGUCAUUCUGCAUUUUGACCUGGAUUGCUUCUAUGCUCAGGUGGAAAUGAUCAGAAACCCAGCGUUGAGAGAAGUCCCUUUAGGUAUUCAGCAGAAAUACAUCAUAGUCACCUGUAACUAUGUGGCAAGAGAUCAGGGUGUCACCAAGCUGAUGUCUGUGACUGAUGCAAAGGAGAAAUGUCCUCAGCUGGUGCUGGUGAAAGGAGAAGACCUGACACACUACAGGGAAAUGUCCUAUAAAGUAACAGAGCUGCUCAUGUCCUACUGUCCACUGGUCGAGAGGCUUGGAUUUGAUGAAAACUUCAUGGACAUCACAAAGAUGGUAGAACAAAGGCUCGCACAGACACCAGACUCUUACAACUUCUCAUUCAAAGGACACGUCUACAACCAUUUCAGUGCAGAUGUCGAAGCCAGCGAUCAUCCGAGGCUGGCUUUGGGUUCACACUUUGCAGCAGAGCUGAGAGAAGCCGUCUACAGCAAACUGGGUCUGACCGGCUGCGCUGGCAUCGCCACAAACAAACUACUGGCUAAACUGGUGUCAGGCAGCUUCAAACCCAAUCAGCAAACCACUCUGCUGCCAGAGAAUGUCAGCGACAUCUUGGGCCGCCUGAGCAGUCUCCGCAAAGUACCCGGGGUGGGUCACCAAACAGCGAAGAGACUUCAGGCCCUGGGACUGGUCAGCGUGAAAGACCUACAGCUCUUCCCAUUGAAUGACUUGGUGAGAGAGUUCGGAGGUCCCAGCGCUCAGCGUUUGAAGAAUCUUGCGCUCGGAGUUGACGACUCACCUGUCGCCCCCACUGGAGCCCCUCAGUCUCUCAGUGACGAAGACUCCUUCAAGAAGAUGUCCUCAACUAAAGAGGUUUUGGAAAAGAUUCAGGAGCUCCUGAGCAGUCUGGUGGAGAGGAUGCACAAAGAUGGCAGGCAGCCGCAGACCUUCCGGCUUACCAUCCGCAGAUACUCAGCGACCAACAAGUGGUUCAGUCGGGAAAGCCGGCAGUGUCCAAUCCCGAACCACAUAGGACAGAAGAUCACCUCAGACAGCAGUGAUGAUGCUGUGGUCCAGCUGGUCCCGUUGGCCAUGAAGCUCUUCCACAAGAUGGUGGACAGCAACGCCGUCUUCCACCUCACCCUCAUUAACGUUUGCUUCAGUAACCUGCAGACCAGGGGCGCUGCCGUCAGCGGAAAAGGCUCCAUAACAUCUUUCUUCACAAACAGCACGUCUCCCAGGAAAACACAAAUCUCCUCAUCACAAAACCAGGAUGCUUCCUCUCAGAGUGGAAACGGUCACUGCACAGAUCAUCAGUUCAGCACACACAGUGUGAUUACACAACAUACCUCACAAAAGACGGUAACUACUAAAAAGCCUUGUAGCUCGGAGGCGUUUUUUGAAAGAAAACAUGUUGCUGUAGAGGAGCCUCUGCUUCAGAGAGUCUCCUGCAGCACACAGAGGUUAGACCCAGAAGAAACUAAUAUCUUGGGGACACAUCGUUUGCCCCCGAAUGUUGACCCCGAAGUGUUCAGGCUUCUCCCUGAAGAAAUCCAGAAGGAGCUGUUGUCUCCUGCUUACACAAACUCUUUCCCCGCCACUUCAGCGAGCUCAUCUGCCGUCAGUGAUGUCCCACACAAAAACAAGUCUCCUCAGUCAUUUACAGACCCACAUUAUAUUAAAGACACAAAAGAGGCUGUAGACAAAUUGGAUUCAUCUGACAGUCUGAUCACCGUGACCCACCAGAGGCCUGAGGGCGCAAGAGCUUUACCAGACGAAGGCGUCAUGGAAGAAGAGAGAUCGUUAUUCCCCUGGUCUUCUGACUGCGAGUUUCCGGGAAAUGUGGACCCGAAGGUGUUCUCCGAGCUUCCGCCGGACGUUCAGAAGGAAUUGAUGUCUGAAUGGAAGCAACAAAAGCCCGUCCUGAAGACGCCCUCAUCCAGGAAACCAGGGAGAAGCUUGAUGAGCAAAGACAGAAAAGCUGCAGGAAAAGUCAGUCAGGCAAACAACUUGUUAAAGUAUUUCAAACCAAGUUAGAGAAGGACUUCUGCUAAAGAUCCUUUAUAACAGGACGAACUCAUAUGUCAUUUCUCUAAGAGACAAUCUCUGCUGUCUUUAGUUUGAGUCGUUCUCAUGUGACAUACAGGGAGUAAACAAAACCAAAGACACGCUUCACAGUAUUCUGCAGUAUCCCUUUGGCAAGAAACAAUUUAGUGAGGCUUUUUGAUUAUACGACUGAAAAUUAAAAAAGGCAGCUACGCUGAUUGGGAGGGACACAGUCAGAAAAGUUAUUUCUGAUUCUCACAAAUAAACAAAUCGUAGAAUAUUUGUAUUUAACAGCCGAAUCUGAUGCCACUGGCAUAAUACUGGGUCAGUAAGCUGGAGUUCCUCAGGCAGGUCGCUCCACAGCCGAGGAGCCCAAACGGCAAACACUCGGCCCCCUUUAGUCCUAACUGAUGAUCAUUUUACAAGUUUUUUCAGCUUUGCAGUGGUCAGAUGCUUUAGGAGAAACUAGUAGGUUAACCUUAAAAUUAAGAUGUUGUUUAGUUUGUGUAAAUAAUAACUCUAAAGUCAAGAGUUAGUGUUUCUGUUUUAUUGUCCACCCCCUGUAUAUAAGUUACCUUUUUGGAAAUGAGAAUAUAUUGUUCAUAAAACAAACUUUUUGAAUUUUCUGCCCCUUGACGUGUGAAACUUCCUUUGACCUAAAGGGACCUUAUUAUGUAACCAUUUGUAAACAGGGAUCAAAUUAAAUUGCAAAAUCUUAAAAACACCUAAAUUAAGUCUUCAGGUUCAUUGUUUUCAUAUUGUUUUCACAUUGUUUAGAGAAGCAGGAUUAUUCCUCUAAGCUUCUAGAAGUGGGGCCUCGCUCCCUGGUUGGACGAUUUCCACUGAAAUCCCUAGAGGCUCACAUUAUUUGUCCGUAUCCAGCCUAUUUUUUUCUCCCCUCAUGAGAAAUACCAGAAAACACAAGGUCUGUGAGCACAGACCUGCUUGGUUCUUGCUGGUGUGAAACUCCUCCCUGGAUCACAUGUGAGAAGGGGGGAAAGGUUCAGGAUGUGUCAUCGCAUCUUUAUAGUGACUAUUUUAUUCAAUCAAACGAGCUAAGCGACAUCUGAAUGGGCGUUGGCACUUCCUGCAGAUAGACUGCUGCUGGCACUCGGGGACUCGGGGGUGGGAAAGACCACCUUCCUCUACAGGUACACCGACAACAAGUUCAACCGCAAGUUCACAA